AUGUCAGCUGACCUCGUGGCGUCUGAAGUCGGCAGCGGUGACCCAGCCGAGACCGACUCGACUCCGACCUCUGCCGACAGACGCGGUGACGGCACGGGUACCGCCGGCGGAGGAACUGCCUUGGACGGUGGUGUCAUUGGGGCAGGCGAGGGGCAGUGCUCCGGCAGUGCUAGCUCGGCCCGUACUGCCAGAAAGAGGCCACAGUUCUCGUAUACUGAGCUCAGCGCUAUGGCCAUAGCACAGUCGCCGCACAGGAGGGCGAAGCUGUCCGAGAUGUACGCCUACAUCAUGAGCCGCUUCCCCUACUACAGGCGCAAGAAGUUCUGGCAGAAGGCAUUCAGCAACAAUCUGUCACGCAGCAAGUGCUUUGUCAAUGUGCCACUGGAGGGCGACAAGCAGAAGGGGAACUACUGGAUGCUCGACCCGAAGUACGAGGCCGUGUUGGAGAAAGGCAACUUCCACCACCGUCACGAGGAGCUGCCGUUCCUCGGGAGCCCGGCAGUGUCGGUCCCUCUGCGCCGACAGCGACACGGCACAGGCCUGUCGGAACACCCACAGGUGCCGGAGUCAGGAGGUUGCGGUGUCGGAGAUGCCGCUGCGCCGCUCCCCUCCUACCAGCACUACUCUAGACCGGCUCAAAUUUGUGACGGAAGUGACAGUGCUUCAUUUGAAGAAAGUAAUCUUCAGAAUGUGACCCGUGACGAGUUGCUGAUGGCGCAAGAGAUGUCGACACACUUCAUCAGUUGUAGUGAUCCGACACGUGACAGUGCUUCAUUUGAAGGAAGUAGUUUUCAGAAUGUGACCCACAACGAAUUGGUGACGGCCCGAGAGAUGUCGACACACUUUAUCAGCUGUAGCACACCAACACGAGGAAUUAUCACACGAGAGGAUAAUUCCUUCUGCAGUACAGAUAAUAUUGAUGGACCCUCUGAUGAUUCACAUCCCAUUUGUGAUCUGCAGAAUGUUAAAGUAGAGGUUGUUGAAGAUCCAUUAACAGUCCCUUGGUUCAAUGGCUGUUUUAAGGAGGAUCCAGAUACAUAUUUAGGAGUGAAUGCCACUGAGAGUGAGGAGGAAGCCAGAGGACGACACACCCCAGAUGUUACACGAGAAAGUACCGACGCCCUGACCUCGACCGGCCUGUCGGUCGCGGAGGUUGGCAGUACUGGCCGGACUGCCCCCGUCUCGCCCCACCUUGGCGGCAGCCACAGCCACAGCCACAGACACGGACACGACGCGACACCGUGGAUGAGUAAUCCCGGUACUCCGACCUUCGCAACCUGUGACACCACUAACGAUAGUGGUGAUCGCACAGAUGUCGACAGCAGGGAAAUCGGCACUGGCUGUGUUGCCGGUGGGGCGGCCGAGAAGCGGCGUCUCGGUAAUACUGGCUCUGCCAGUGCUGCCAACACUAAGCCACAAUUCUCAUAUAAGUCGGUCAUUGCUAGUGCCAUAGCGCAAUCACCGCACAGGAGAUUGACGCUGUCGGAGAUCUACGCCUACAUCGCGAGUCACUUCCCCUACCUCAGAGGCAAGAAGAAGAGGAUGUGGAAGAACUCGGUACGCUGCUGCCUGUGGUACCACAAGUGCUUCGUCAAAGUGCCACAGGAGGGUGGCGGCGACAAGGCCAAAUGCUGCAACUACUGGACACUCGACCCGCGAUACGAGGAGGUGUCAGAGAACGGCAAAUUCCGCCAUCGGAGCGAGAAGUGGCUGUUCCGCAGGAGCCCGGCAGCGUCACCGUCCGUGCGCCGAGUUCACGCGCACCACAGCCGGCACCGAUACCCCGGCGACCGCCCGCAACGGCAGCCGCUCAGUGGCCCGUCGGCUCACUCCCAGCUGCCGGAGACUGCCACCAGCGCUGCCACCGCAACUUGGAGCGGUCUCCUCGUCUCCGAUGCCGACAGCACUGUUCGGGCUGCCCCAGACCCGCCCCACCCCGGCAGCAGCCACUUAGAGGGCACCGUCCCGGCGUCGGACGCGACGGUGCCGACAGACUGUGCCGCUACUCAGAACUCUCCAUCCGGUGGCACCGGCAACGGCCGCGACAGGAGGGCAAGCACCGUGGGCGGUCCUGCCAGUGGAGCGGGCCAGAAGCGGUCCUCUGACGACACUGGCUCGGCGAGUAUCGCCCGCAGCAAGCCACCGUUCCAAUACGAGGAGCUAAUUGCUAUGGCCAUACUGAAAUCGCCGCACAGGAGAGCGACACUGUCCGAGAUCAAGGCGUACAUCGCGAGCCGCUUCCCUUACUUCGAGCGUAGUGAGAAGAGGUGGCAGAAAUCGGUGCACUGCAAACUGUUCUUCAGCGACUUCUUCGUCAAAGUGCCGCUGGCGGUCAGGUACCGCAGGGGCAAACAGUGCAACCUCUGGAUGCUCGACCCACGAUACGAGAACAUGUUCAGGAAUGGCAACUUACAGCGAUUCCGGCUCGUGAAACAACCCUCCUCCCGGAGUCGGGGUAUCCGGGGCAAAGGUGGACGCGUCGGAGUUCGUGCUGUGCCAUCCUGUGCGCCCCCACACUCUGCCAGAUAUGAGCACAGCACCGAUCCGGCCACCCACCACUCGUCCCGAUCUCGUGACGGCUGCUGCCAGGACGACUCUCCGACGUCAGACGCGGCGGCAACUCCGGGCGAUGCAGCUGCUUCGACCUCUGCCAGCAGUGGCAGUGAUAUCGACACUGUGGGAACCGCCACGGGAAAGGCUGCCGAUGGGGCGGGCGAGGAGCGCCACCCCAGUGUUGCCGGCUUAGCUGGCACUGCCGAAAAGAAGCCGCCGUUCUCGUACACGGAGCUCAGUGCUAUGGCCAUAGCAGACUCGCCACACAGGAGGGCGAAGCUGUCGGAGAUCUUCGCCUACGUCACGAGCCGUUUUCCCUACUACGAGCUCGGCAAGGUGGUCUGGCAGAGAGCGUUGAGCGUCAACCUGUCGCGCAGCAAGUGCUUCGUCAACGUGUGGCACGGGAGCAGCACCUACUGGAUGCUCAAUCGGCGGUACGAGGACAUAAUGGAGAUGGGCAGAUUACGCCGCCAACACGUCAAGCGGGCGUUCUUCGGGGGCCCGACGGCUGCGGUCGGCGCACGCCGAGUGCCGACUCGCCACAGUCUGCGGAAGCGUCGCAACUGGCGGCGCCACACCGGCCUGUCGGAGGAGCAGUCGCGGCUGCCGGAGUCCGGAGCUGGCGGCAGCGGAGCCGGUGCCGCAGUCAGUGGCACUGAGCCUCCCCCCGCAUCUCCGCACUGCACCAGGUCUACCCGACUUUCUGAUGGGAAUGACAGUGCUUCAUUUGAAGAAAGUAAUCUUCAAAAUGUGACCCACGAUGAGUCGAUAAUGGCUCAAGAGAGGUUGACACACUUUGCCAGUUGUCGUGUUAUGACACAAGGAAUUACCACAGAAGAGGAUAAUUCCUUCUGCAGUACAAAUAAUUCUGAGGCACUUGCCGGUGGUCCACUUACCGUCAGUGACCCGCAGAGUAUUAAGAAAGAGGUUUUUGAAGAUCCAUUAGCAGUGUCAACGUUCAGCAGGUGUAUUAAAGAGGAUCCAGACUUACAUUUUGAGGUGGAUGCAACUGACAAUGAAGAGGAAGCCACAAGAGGACAUGCUUCAGAUGUUACAUGUGCCGCUACCCUGACGUCAACCGGCCUGUCGGUGAACGACAUCGGCGGCAACGGUCCGGCUGCCCCCGACACGUCCCUGUGCAGUAACGCCCACGGCAAGGACGAUGUCGCACUGCGGGACGUGACGGUAUUGACGGACGGUGCCGGUACUCCGACUUUCACAUUCUCUGGCACUGCUACGAGUAGUGACGGUGGCACCGACACCUGUGUGGGGAGAAGCGCCGGGCGCAGUGCUGCCGGUGGGGCGCACGAGGAGCGCCGCCUCCGUGACGCCAGCUCUGUCGGUCCAGCUGACAGUAAGCUGCAGUUCUCCUACAAGGAUACCAUUGCCGCUGCCAUAGCGCAGUCACCGCACAGGAGAUUGACGGUGCCGGAAAUCUACGCCUACAUCACGAGUCACUUCCCCAACUUCAGAGGCAAGAAGAAGAUCUGGCGGAACUCGGUACGCUGGUGCCUGUGGUACCACAAGUGCUUCGUCAAAGUGCCGUUGGAGGGUGGUGACGACAAGGCCAGAUGCUGCAACUACUGGACACUCGACCCACAAUACGAGGACGUGUUCGAGAACGGCAACUUCCAGCGACAACAGCACACGAAGCGGCCUUUCUCCUGGAGCCGGGGUGUCAGGAGCAGAGCCGGAGUUCGCGGAGUUCACGCUGUGCCGUCCUCCGCCUACUUGCAGUCUACCAGACACGAGCGCAGUACCGGCCGAGCUACCCGCGACCCGUCCCGACCCGGCACCGGCAGCCGUGAGGACGACGUCCUGAUAUCGGACACGACCGCGUCCGCGGUCGGUGUCCCUACUCUGGCCGUCACAUUUGGCGGUACCGCCGACAGUGUCGCCAGGGGUACUGUCGCCGACAGCGGGACGGCCGCGGGGGACGGUGCUGCCGGUGCGGCAGGAGACACUGGCUCUCCCUGUACUGCCGACGUGAAGCCGCCGUUCAGCUACACGGAGCUGAAUGCUAUGGCCAUAAUGCAUUCUCCACACAGGAGGGCGACGCUGUCCGAAAUUUACACCUAUGUCACGAGCCGCUUCCCCUACUGUAAGCGCAACAAGAAGUUCUGGCAGAGAGCGCUGAGCAACAACCUGUGUCGUAACGAGUGCUUCGUCUACGCCCCACAGGAGGGUGCCGAGCAGAAGGGCAGCUGCUGGAAGCUCGACCCGCAAUACGAAGACGCGUUCGAGAACGGCAAGUUCCGCCACUGGCAGCAGCGGCACCGUGCCGGCCUGUCGGUACAGAGUGGAGCCAUUGGGAGCGGAGUAGUCGGCAUCGGAAGCGGCGCCGUUCCGCACCCCGGCGACAUGCAGUGUGCCAGCAGUCCGGCGGAGGACGACCGUGGCACCGACAGACGUAGCGGCCAUCCAGAGAGAGACGGCCCGGACGCACGAGACGACGACUCGUCGCGGCGCACUGCCGCUGCCAAGUGGGAAGUGUCCGGCGGAAACGACGGCGGUGCAGUGCGGCCGGCGCUCGACUGCGAGGAGGCUUUCGCACGGGGGCAGAAUCCGGAGCGGCGUGGGCACGGCGGCUGCGGUCACACGUCAGUUUCUCGCAGUGCGUGCCACAGAGUGUUCGAGAGGCGAGGCAUCUCGAAUCGGCACGUGCGUCUGCACGCGGGUGAACGCCCUUACGACUGUCACGUGUGUCACAAGACGUUCGUGAGGAGUAGCAACCUGAGGGAGCACUUGCUGCUGCACACGGGUCAGAGGCCCUACAGGUGUAGCUUCUGCCUGAAGGCGUUCACUGCGAGUUCCAAACUGAGGAAGCACUUACGGGUGCACGCAAACUGUGCGACAUCCGCCGUAAGAGGUUCGGGAGGAGACACGAGUGAAGUACGCGUGGAAUGUCAGGACCGGGAUGUGUCAUCGCCCUAGGAAUAGGAGGAGUUGAUCAUUUUGUGGUGCGUCUUUGCCGAUAUGAUACACGGACUAAUACACCCGCAUUACCGGCAUAACAAUAAAGCUCACUUCGUGAGAAACUGUGGAUUAAUUGUGACAUCGUAGGAUAGGACUGGAGUGUGUAAUGUGAUGGUUUCAGGCCUAAACAAAUUUUACUGGGUUAUAAUCGUCAAAGCUGCGCACUUUUUAGCUACACCAGUGGAGCUGCUAAUGUAGUGAUUAAAAUAUUUGCAGAGUGGCAUUCAGUACUGUGUUUGAUAACGUAUCUCAGUCGUGAAAUCAUUUUCAGUCCUUCACGACUUAGUUAACCACCAAAUACGCAAAUAAAACAUUUCUGUUUCAUA